AUGGAGUCCACCGAGUCAUAUCCCCCGGAAGAGCUUACCAACAACAGAUCUCCCGAACCUUCCGAAUCUGAUUCUGUGGAGAAGCCAACGCACAUUAGGUUUCUUGUAUCGAAUGCGGCUGCAGGAUCCGUCAUUGGGAAAGGAGGCUCCACAAUCACUGAGUUUCAGGCUAAGUCCGGGGCAAGGAUCCAGCUCUCACGUAACCAAGAGUUUUUCCCUGGGACGACUGAUAGAAUUAUUAUGAUAUCUGGAUCGAGUAAAGAUGUUGUUACUGGACUUGAACUUAUUCUUGAUAAAUUGCAUAGUGAGCUUCAUGCUGAAGAUGGUAGUGAUGUUGAGCCUAGGAGAAGACUGAGACUUGUGGUUCCUAACAGUUCUUGUGGUGGUAUUAUUGGUAAAGGAGGUGCCACUAUUAAGUCGUUUAUUGAGGAAUCUAAAGCUGGUAUUAAGAUAUCUCCUCUGGAUAAUACCUACUAUGGGUUGAGUGAUAGGCUAGUUACAUUAUCUGGAACCUUCGAGGAGCAGAUGCGGGCUAUUGAUUUGAUUUUGGCUAAGCUUACUGAGGACGAUCAUUACUCCCAGAAUGUACAUUCCCCAUAUUCGUAUGCAGGUCUUUUCAACUCUGGUUUUCAUGGUCACGCAUAUGCGUAUGUGCUUCCUUCUGUAGCAACAGCGGGAUACAAUUCAGUGAACUACGCACCCAAUGGCGCUGGAGGCAAGUAUCAAAACCACAGGGAAGAAGCUAGUACAACGGUGACAAUCGGUGUGUCGGAUGAGCAUAUAGGAUUGGUCCUUGGCCGUGGAGGAAGAAACAUCAUGGAAAUCACUCAGAUGACCGGUGCCCGUAUAAAAAUAUCAGACCGAGGCGAUUUCAUGUCUGGAACCACUGAUAGGAAAGUGAGUAUCUCAGGGUCACAGAGAGCAAUCCAACAAGCUGAGACAAUGAUAAAACAGAAAGUUGAUUCAGCCUUAGAGAGAGCCACUGAAUAG